UAUUCCACUUUGCUGGAUAAAAAUUUAAUAGUAGCGCUAAAUCAAUUCGUUUUUGAAAUUGUGCUUGGAGUAUCUAAAUGGAAGAGGAAUUUCUAUUGCUCUUAAUUGAAACGUGGCAGGAUGCUUUCAAUAGCAAUAAUAUGAAGCUUCUUCGUGACUGCAGCGAUCCGUUUAAUUUGCCAGCCCAAGUUUUCGAAAAGCACUUCCUCUUGCCAAAAUCUAUGUGUCGCUCAUUAAUAGAAGACUUGCUACCGUACGAUAAACAGGACACUAGUCUACCUCUCGCUCUAAGAUUUCUAACAACGGUCAAUUUUUACACUUCCGGUAGCUUUCCAAAACGUUCUAAUAGCAAUAAAAUAUUCGACAUCAGUCAGCCAUCGAUGUCGCGCUCAUUGUCAAGUAUAACGGAACUAUUGGUUACACAAAAAGGUGAUGAAAUAUGCUUUCCAGGCACAAAUGAGAGUCAAGCAGUCGUGAAGAAGGGUUUCAAAGAACAAUUUGACAUGGAUAAUACUUUGGGUGUCAUUGGAACAGCGCACAUUAAAAUACUGGCGCCGAAAGACAAAUUCGGAUCGGAAGAAUAUUUUAAUGAGCACGGUGAAUACAGUAUCAAAGUAGAAGGCAUUUGUGAUCACCGCUUGUUAUUCACAUCACUAAACGCGAGAUCGCCUGGUUCCUUAUCUAAUUCAUCUAUCUGGCGUAGUUCGUCGGCACGCCAAUUUUUAAUAAAACAUUACAAAUUAGGUUCACGAAACACUUGGUUACUAGGCGAUGUCACAUACCCUCUAGAACCAUGGCUGCUUACUCCUGUGACGCCUAGGAGUCGCCUGGAGUUAUCCUAUAACGAUAGGAAUAGAAGAGCUCAUAAUUGUAUUAAGCAAGCUUUCGCCGUAUUAAGAACCCGCUUUAAAUGUCUCUCCAAAGGGCGCAGGUUGUAUUAUAAGCACGAACGUGCGGCAAACAUUAUAUAUGCAUGUGCCAUACUGCACAAUAUACUAUUGAAGAAUGGAGGUAGUGCAACAUUGGAUAAAAACGAGUUACAAACAUCGGUAGAAGAGGCUUCGACGAAGGUGUCAGAGAAAGCGGCUUUGAAGUGUGCGCCAAAAUUUGUAGACGGCACACACGUUAGACACCGUUAUACACAACAUUUAUAAUUUAUUAAAGUGGAGGAAAUAUUACUAUUGUAUUUUUACAGAAGCCUAGUAUAUACACUGGUGUACAAAGAAAUAUACUUUUAACUUGUGUACGCUUUCACAUCUCCAAUAAAACUGCACUGAUGAUGAACUGUUGUAUGCACACAACUGUUGCGGACCUGCCACAGCUGCGAUGGCUAAAUUUUUGUUUUUUGUUUUUGCAAAAAAAUAUCAGUAGAAUGUAGAAAAUAAAUAUUUCUUAAUGCCUUUUA